AAGACGGAAUGUGAUUGGUGGCCAAGUUUGUGUCAUAUAAUGGUUGAUCCUGAAGGGACAGAUAAUUACUACAUUUAAGCUCAACAACUUGACCUAUUGGACAGGACCAUUGAGAGAAGAGUGUGAUGGUUUCCAAAGCCUUGGGCUUCUUGAUUUUUUUUCUUCAAACAGGAGCCUGCAGGGUAAAAUAUGGCACAUCUCUCGCUCCAAAGAUUAUGUUGUGAGGCCUGCCGGCAGGCGUUCCGGAUUUAGAUCGUACCAAUAUCUGCCUGUGUGAUACAACUUAUUUACAGACGUGUAUUCUGCACAUGCAAGCCCUAGGAAUGUGACAAAUAAACGUGAGAACUGAUUCAGAAUGCAAAAUAAUGACCAUAAACAUCACAGUUGACUUUUUUAUUAAAUUGCCAUUGGGGUUACAGAUUCCUAAAUUCCGUUCUUGGCACAUCGACCACAGCAUUUUCACAAGAGCAUUCCUAAUACGAGCAAUAAUGGAUACAAUUUUACAAAGUUACAAAAGACGGGGAGAGUUUUUCUGUAGCUGCCUCUCUUGUGUGACCUCAUGCAUUUGGCAUGAUGCCACAGACGAUCGUCUGCUUAGAGCUCGCACCUGUCUGUCAAGAGAUGACACGGUGUGCAGUCAUCGAAACACAUCUUGACAAUGACUGUCGGCUUGGAAAUUUGUGAGCACCAAUUUGAAGAUGUCAAGCUCUUAGAAGGAAAGUCAAAGAAUAUACAAUGUCAGAGACGCAAACGGGUGAGGAAAGAUACAAAAUAUGUCAUCUAUCUUUCAAUUUAUCGAAAUGUUUUGGCAACUGUGUUAUUCAAAACAUACAUAUCCAGAGAAUAUGAUUACAUUUCUAAUUCCUCAUUAAGUUCUGUUUACUCUGUAAUUUGAAUUUUAACAGCAAAUUGUCAUUUUUUUAAUCAUCACCGGGAUAGCAUUCAGCAAACAAAUAAUAUUGACAAUUAUUUGCCGAUGUACAAAAUUUUCUACCGACAUUAAACCAGUGACUAAAAUAUAAAUGAGGGCACGUGCUCGCACGUUUUUCAUGCUGUUGAACUUUAUGAAAACGGGUCAUAAGAACAUCUCUUCGCUUCAUAUGCAGCUUCGGGGCAGGACAUGACGAAAGCAAGUUCAUUGGCUCAACUCAAGCGAUAUGCAAAGCAGCUGCCAACUGAAGGUUCAGCUUCUGUGCAAACUUCUCACAUAAGUUCAGGUGAGAGCAGAGUUCUGACUCGGUCUCGUGUCCUCCUUUGGUAUUUGCUGAUGAAACGCAAUUUUCCUGUUGAUGUUUGCCGGUGGAUGAGUUGGAAUUGUCCGAUCCGAAAUCCGAUGGCAGAGUGACGACAAGAGUUCGGAAAUGGAUUGCACAAGAGUGCUGCCUACCUUUUGCAGCCACCCUCAGCCAACCGAGAUGCAAGUCGACCUCGCCAUGUGCUUAAGCCUGAGCCAGCGCCAACGACUUUAUCAACUUCUAUCGAUGAAACCCGCUUUGCAUCAUUACCCGCCCACCGGCAGCCCGCGAGGAACCAGCUCCCACUCUUUCCAUCAACCCACCGCUUCCCAGUCCUCUGAAUCGAGUCUCUCGUCACCCCCAACAUCCUCACAACUUCAGAGUUGUUUCCUCAAGAAAUCCGGAGGUCUCUGCAAGAAGCGCGUGGUGUUUGCAGACGCCAAAGGACUGGCGCUCACGGCGGUGCAUCUAUUUAUGCCCGACGCAUCCUCCUUUGCUGAGCCACAACUCAUCGAGUCCUGCCUAAACAUAGCGCCCGACUCAAAAAAGACACACAAGCAAAAGUAUCGUCUGGGCUUUCCUCAACCGGCUCUGGACUCCAAAGCGUUCCUUGCACGCCUACGAGAGACAAAUGUACAGUUGGAAAGCUGCAGCGUGUCCGAAUGCUCCUUGCGAGGGAAAGUGCACGUUUGCCACGACAGCACUGACAAGGCCGUCCACUUGAGGCUCACCUUCGACUCCUGGCAGCAUCACUUCGACAUCCCGUGCAUGUUCUUGCACCAGCAGCGGUGCGGUGCUUUCGAUGUGGACGUUUUCACCUUUGACUUGCGCUUACCUCAAACCAUCAACCCAACUGAGUGGAUAGAGUUUUGUGUUGCUUUCAGGCCCGGAUGCGGCAAGUCAAUGCACUGGGAUAACAACAGAGGAAAGAAUUAUAAGGUGUGCAUGAAAAAAGAUACUGGACAGUCUUCUUUUCCCAAGCACCGACUACCAUCUUUUCCUUCCUAUGUGUGUCCGUCGAUCAGUAUGCAGAACCAUGUGGAGCUAAGCUUCUUCCAAGGAGGCUCACAUGUACAGUCUGAGUGGAAUGGAGAUCCCUUUGUUCAAAUAAAUCGAGCAGAUGACAGUAGUCCAGUCAAAAGAGCUACGAGGACAUAUACUGUAAAUAAUAGAAAAAAAAGGAAUAUGCUGUGUGAAAUCUCCACUGUUGGCUGGAUGUUGUAAAGUGCCAGAGCUGAGCUGCCUUGCUGGAAUGUGAAUAUUUUAAUUGGUGAAGCUCUUGUCAUACAGUACAUAUCUGAGCAUACUUUUCAACAAUGAUACGUCAAGCUCAAGGUGAUAAAAUAUUUUUUUUUUCUGGCGGGUGAGAGGCUUAUUUUCCACAGCCCAUUCCGGCUCUCUUUUUUUUUUUUUUUUUUUUGGUCAAAUUUUUGUCCUCUCACCCUUUGUCAUCCCUAACAUUUGUUGAGAUUUAAUUCUGCCAGAAAAUUUUAUGAACAUAAAAACACGCAUUUUUGUCCGUUUUUUUUACCCUUACUUCAGACUGUAUAAUGAACACUGUAUUAGAAGAAAGACUGUGCACUGACUUAUUAACUUGAAUUGUCAUAAAUAAAUAAAAUAUCCAUCCAUCCA